CGCGUGUCGCGGCGCAGCCAAGAUGCCCGAGCAGAGCAACGAUUACAGGGUGGUGGUGUUCGGGGCGGCGGGGGUCGGCAAGAGCUCCCUGGUGCUGCGUUUCGUGCGGGGGACUUUCAGGGAAACCUACAUCCCCACGAUCGAAGACACCUAUCGGCAGGUGAUCAGCUGCGACAAGAGCAUCUGCACCCUCCAGAUCACGGACACCACGGGGAGCCACCAGUUCCCUGCCAUGCAGCGGCUGUCGAUAUCCAAAGGGCACGCUUUCAUCCUGGUGUACUCCGUCACCAGCAGGCAGUCCAUGGAAGACCUCCAGCCCAUCUUUGAGCAGAUUUGUCAGAUUAAAGGGGACAUCCAGAAAAUCCCCAUAAUGUUGGUGGGUAACAAAAGUGACGAGACGCAGAGGGAGCUGGAUGCCAGCGAGGGGCAAGCCUUAGCCAGCAAGUGGAAGUGCUCCUUUAUGGAGACGUCGGCCAAAAUGAACUACAACGUGCAGGAGCUCUUCCAGGAGCUCUUGAAUCUGGAGAAGAGGAGAACUGUCAGUCUCCAGGUGGAUGGGAAGAAAUCCAAGCAGCAGAAAAAGAAAGAUAAGCUGCAAGGCAAGUGCUCUGUUAUGUGAUUGACUUUGGCCGGACUCGCACCGCUGGGCCGUGGUUCGGUCGGAGCACGGACUCCCACAGAAAAUACGUUUCUGCUGGAGGUUUCAGACGAAUCCAUGCCUCGCAGGGCUAUUGCUUUUCUCUGAAAUCUCCGCUGGAUUAUUUUAUGUGUUGGUUUUAAAGAGGAUGGCUUUCUGCAUGUUUAUUUUUUUAACACAAUAAAUGUUCAGUGUUAGCAAU